GAUCCAAGCGAGCGUCAUCGAACGAACUUCUCCGCAUGCGCGAUGCCUGGCGUUCGGCUUGACACGCUGCUCGCCGAGCACAUGACGACCGAGCCUGUCGACGACGACGACGUCGUGCUGCUCGAGGCCAUGACGUCGACCACGGUCGGCACCAAAACGCAGGACGCGAUGCGCACGGUGCGCGAGAGCCACGUGGUCCGCCGCAUCCGCCGCUCCAACGCGAUCCAGCGCGUGCUCUCGGGCCUUGUGCUCGCGCCGUCCGUGCUCGCCUUUCUUCUUCUGGGCCCGCGCUUUGCGCCGUACCUGCUCUGCUCCGUCGUCGUCUCGAUCUGCUACUAUGAGUUUGCGUGGCUGAGCCACCGCAUCGUGCACCGUGUCGCGACGUCGGUCGCGCUCUCGGACCUCACAUCGCUGCGGCCGAUUCCAGUCCUUAACCUCCGCGACUGCGCCAUCUCGCCCAUCUCGCGCGGCUACGACAAGGUGGCGGCCGCCAUCCUCUCGACGCUGCAGACCAUGCUGCUCCUUGGCCUCACGUACGUCACGAACCUGUACGUCUGGCACUUUGAGUCGCUGCCCGUCGAUGCUGCGCAAGACCGCCCGCACGUACAAGCCGUCGCGUACCUCUACAUCUACCUCGGCGUCACGGGCUGGGUGGCUUUUUACUGUGCGUGGCUCACGCCGUCGUGGCGCGCGCACCUCCUUCUUCUAGUCGUCCAGCUCUUCUACGGCCUCCGCGCGCUCAACACAUUUAGCACCAACUACUAUAGCAACCACGUGUACCUCCUCGGGUACGACUACACCAAGCAGACGUUCGCGCUCAUUGCGAUCGCCGUGCACCUGAGCUUUGCGUCGCUUGCGUCACUGCCCGAUGGCAUUCGCAUCCUCUUUGGUGUCCUCCUCGACUGCGUCGCGUUUGGCUACGUCGCAUUGCUCAUGGACCCGAUCUCGACCUUUAUGGCGUCCGUCAUCGACGGCCGGCGCCUCGCCUUGGGCUUCUUGGCGGUCGUGUGGGGCGCCGACACGGGCGCGUAUGUGACCGGCCACGUCAUCCCGGCCUUGGGCUACGUGCAUUUUCAUCGCCUUGCGUACCACAUUUCACCCAAGAAGGACCUCGAAGGCACGCUCGGCGGCGCCUUCCUCGGCGUGCUCCUCGUGCUCUUUGUCAACUUUGUCGCGCCGCCCGACCUCCCCGAGAGCGUGCUUCGCGACCUGCGCAUGGACAAGGACACGUACUUGUAUACGUGUCUGCUGUGGCAGCUCGUGUUUGCGAUCGUCGGCGCCUUCAUCUCGCGCUACGGCGACCUCUUGGCUAGUCUGCUCAAGCGGCUCGCGCAAGUCAAAGACACGGGCGACUUGAUCCCGGGCCAUGGCGGCAUGCUCGACCGGGUCGACGCGCUCCUCUUCACGGCUGCUGUCUUUGUGCUCUACCACCGUCUCUCGAGCGGACCCAACUACACGAGCUACGUCCAGCCGACGUAUCAGGGCUGGGCGUACCAAGCCAGCGUCCUAGCCACGCUGUUUCCAUUCGUCGGCUGAGUCGCAGUUCUCUCUAAUUUAACAUGAAUGCAACCUUGCUUGACGUCGUGACGAAGGCCCA